AUGCCUCUUGCGCCCCCCAUUAACUUUCCAAAAUGGCUGGAAAAGAAUGGUCAUUUGCUCCAGCCACCCGUCAACAACUUUUGCAUUUAUAGGGGUGGGGAUUUUGUUAUCAUGACUGUGGGUGGCCCCAAUGAGAGGAAAGAUUACCAUGUUAAUGAAACUGAGGAGUGGUUCUAUCAGCAUAAAGGAGGCAUGCUCCUGCGGGUAGUAGACGAAGGCAAAUUCAGAGAUAUCAGAAUCGAAGAGGGGGAGAUGUUCCUUCUUCCAGCCAACGUUCCUCAUAAUCCUGUUCGAUUCGCCGACACAAUAGGGCUCGUAAUAGAAUGCGAACGACCUGCUGACUCGCUCGAUCGCCUGCGCUGGUAUUGUGAAAAAGGCCAGCACGAAGAGCCAACCAUCAUUUACGAGGAAUCGUUCCACGUUACGGACUUGGGGACUCAGCUGAAGCCUGUGAUCGAGAAAUGGAUGGGCAGUGAAGAUAUAAGGCGGUGCAAGUCUUGCGGCAUCAUUGCUGAUGCGAAGUAGGAAGUAAUAUCAUACAGGAAGAUCGGCUGGAUAAAUGUACAAGGUCCGCGAGAAUAGCAUGCCGUUCGAAUCAGGCUCAACUGACACAAGGUGCAGUUGGAUAUUGAACGUGAACGUUGAGCGCUCCAGCGCCCAGCAAUGAAUGACUUUGAAUGACUCGUCGUUUCAAAAUUAAAUUGCUCUUCAUUGCGCCAUACUGCGUCAUCUGUUUAUUCUCAGCUCCAUCACCUUGAGGUCGAUCGCGUCGAUCUUAUCCGACUCCAAAGGCAUCAACCCG